UGCUAACCAAUGAUGUCACAAGCACCUCUUAUGACCUAGCCCAUCGUAGCAGCUUUUCUCUGGCCUGUCCCUGCCUUUUCUCUUGAUUCCCAAGAACCUUGAACAGAAGCUGCAGUCGAUUAAUAGAAUAAAGCGAGGAUUCAGAGAAUCCAGGCACUUCCUUUAUCGGCAGAGCUCACUAAUGUGUUUUUCUCUUCAACAAAUCCUCUACCACAAAGAUGAAGUGGCCCAAAGCCACACAGGGGCUCCUGUUUAAUCUUGCACUCUUGACGUGGCUUCUCCCAGUGGGCACAGACAUCCAUGAGCAAGUGGGAACACCACUCUCAGAUGCCGAAUACGAGGAAUUCUUUCAGACAUUCAAUGGUCCUCAUCGGGUCGGGGCCAUUUGCUUCUUAAGAGCUGUGUAUGGCUGCAAACAACCUUUGAUCCAAAUGGUGGACCGGUAUGAAAACCAUGGCCUCAUUCCUGAAGGGCGAGUCUGUUCCAGCUCGGCGAAAAGGCCCAGAUUUCCUGAUUUUUGCACUCUCACUUUAUAUCGCUGUGCCAUGAGGAAGUAUUUUGUGAAGAGGAUUUUGUGCCCAGGUGAGACCAUUGAAGCAUCUACUGAUACACACACCAUCAAUCAGGAAGCGGAACCUCUUCAUAAUCUAUCCUUUAUACUACAGUCUUUGCCUAAGCUACUUCACAGCAGCUCAGCAACCGCCACAACUCCUUCCCCUCCUGACGAAAGCCCCAGAAGUGAGUCACCUAUAGAGGUGGUCGGUGCUAUGUCUGUCUCUGCAAUGGUUAUCAGGGCGGUCUCUCAUGACCUCACGACCACCAGCCCUCCUCCUGAGCCUACCUCUACGGCUCUGCUUGCUUCUGCAGAAUCAGUCCUAGAUCUUCUUUUUCACACAACCGCUAGCAUCCCUGAGCUUCAUCCCGAGACUCAUCCCGAGACUCAUCCCGAGACUCAUCCCGAGCCUCCUCCCGAGCCUCAUCCGGAGGACUCAUCCCGAGCCUACUCCUGAGCCUCAUCCGGAGAUUCAUCCUGAGACUCAUCCCGAGCCUACUCCUGAGCCUCAUCCGGAGAUUCAUCCAGAGACUCAUCCCGAGCCUACUCCUGAGCCUCAUC